AUGCGUGAAUGUAAAUUAUUAUCCAGAAAUCUGCUGCUGUUGGUUUCUGAAGUUAUUUUUCUAUCUAGAAAGCUAGGAAAUAUAUUUGUCGUCAACCUGGCUAUUGCAGACUUGGUAGUGGCCAUCUACCCAUAUCCACUUGUCUUGACAUCUGUAUUCCGUAAUGGAUGGAACCUGGGAUACUUUCACUGCCAAAUCAGUGGUUUCUUCAUGGGUCUAAGUGUCAUUGGAUCAAUAUUCAACAUUACAGGCAUUGCUAUUAAUCGAUAUUGCUACAUCUGCCACAGCCUCAAGUAUGACAAGCUGUAUAGUGACAAGAAUUCUCUGUGCUACGUCAUUCUCAUCUGGAUCUUAACAUUUGUUGCCAUCCUGCCCAACCUGUUUGUUGGAUCUCUACAGUAUGAUCCCAGGAUCUACUCAUGCACAUUUGCACAAUCUGUGAGUUCAACAUACACAAUAGCAGUGGUUUUUUUCCAUUUCAUGCUUCCUAUAUCCAUAGUUACAUUUUGUUACUUGAGGAUAUGGAUACUCGUUAUUCAGGUGAGGCGAAGGGUUAAACCUGACAACAAGCCCAAACUGAAGCCACAUGACUUUAGAAACUUUGUCACCAUGUUUGUUGUGUUUGUACUGUUUGCAGUAUGCUGGGCUCCUCUGAACUUUAUAGGCCUUGCUGUGGCCGUGAACCCAGACACAAUAAUCCCCCGGAUUCCGGAGUGGUUGUUUGUAUCCAGCUACUACAUGGCAUAUUUCAACAGCUGCCUUAAUGCUAUUAUAUAUGGACUCCUGAACCAGAAUUUCAGAAGAGAAUAUAAGAGAAUUAUUGUCACAAUUUGUACAGCCAAAGUGUUUGUUCAGGAGAGUUCUAAUGAUGCAGCAGACAAAAUGAAAAGCAAACCAUCACCACUGGUUACGAACAACAAUCAAGUGAAGGUAGAUUCUGUGUGAAAUCAGGAGCAUUACUCUUGUUACUUUACAGCACUCAAACACUUGAUCCGAUUUUAUUAUACUGAAGGCACUUAGACAUGGUUUUUCAUGCAGUAUUUGUGAGCCAAAGUAACACAGGCUUGAUAUAAAGAGCCUCCUGUUUGCAAUGACCUAUCUUUUAAAU